AUUCAUGAAUGCUGCCCAGUCCAUCACAUUAGCCACUCACCCUCUCGACCGCCAGCCCACGCGCCUCGUAAUAUUGCUAUGGCGCGGCGGAAGAAGGACAUCCUCGACGAUGGGACUGACUCGGAUGCGUCUGAUCAGUCCGGCAGCGAGGGUGGGUUUGGCUCGCAAGAAGACGACGAUUCUCGCGCAGAAAGGCGUCUGUUUGAACAUCGCCGCAAACGACCUCGGACGAUGGGCAACGGCAAGGCCGCCGCUUGGGAAGGAAUAUUUGGAGAAGGAGAUGAUGGUGGCGGCCUUCGCCGUCCUCGUAGCGGCGGCGUCCGACCAGGGAACGAGAGGACGGACUGGACCAAGGCACCCGCCUUCGUUUCAAAGAGCGAUGCUCCACACGAUGGGGCAAAGGGGGCAGAUUCUGAGCUUGACAAACCCACAGACGGACUGUCCGAUGGUUCUGACGCGGAGACGAGCUCGAACAACGAGAUAGCAACCCCACGAGUUGUCGAAGAGGAAGAAGCCCCUCACGCUGGCAUUGGAGGCGGAGGCCGUGGUGGUCUGGGGUUCCGUGCGGGUGGUGGGGGAGGCGGCCUGGGAUUCCGAUUAGCAACCGCAACGACAGCAGCAACGAAACCCUCAGUUGAUGAGGCAAAAUCAGAUGGCUCAGCUCCCAAGUCUGCCUUUGGACGUGCAGCUUCUGCAUUCAUGGGCAUUGGCGCAGGAACCACUCCCAAUGCAAGGUCGGGCUUCCAGCCGAGUCGAUCUGCUACCCCUACCCCAACCCAGCAAGCCGCACUCACCCGCGCCGAGCAGGCGCAUUUCUCAUCGAUCGCUGGAGGGUUUGGCGCCAAGUUUCUCGCCAAGCAAGGCUGGGCGCCAGGCAAAGGUCUCGGGUUGAAUGAAGAUGGCCGCGCUGUUCCUGUGGCAGUUGGUGCCAUGAUGCGCGGUGAAGGCAUCCGGUCUGGUAUUCGAACCGAGGACAGCAAGCGCGAGGCCAGGCGGAAGGGCGAGCUUGUCGAGGACGAGGAGCCGAAACCGAAGAAGGGUCAGCGUAAGGCUGGUCAACGAGGCAUACCAAGUCGAGAAGGUUGGACGAAACAUAAAAAGGUCAAGGUCAAGGUUGAGCACAAAACAUACGAACAGCUGCUCGCUGAAGAAACCAUCGACCGGCCACAACCUGGUGUCGGUCUCGUCAUCGACGCUCGAGGACCCGACCUCAAGACGGUGGAAUCCAUUGCAGAUCUUUCCAUUUCCGGCUGGACGCCAUCGCUGGAUGCCACGCAACUACCUGAGCUGCGGCACAAUCUGCGUCUUGUUGUGGACGUCACCCGUGGCGAGGUCAAUAGUCUCGUUAAGGAGGGAAAGGCCGUCAACGAGCGCAGGCGGUGGACAACACGCGACGAGGAGCGAUCACGACAGAAAGCAGACGAGUCAGCUACGGAGUUACGAUCGUUGGAGCGAGUCAAGGCAUCUGUGGACGAGAUAUUUUCCAUCAGCCAGCGCGAGGUGAGCGAGGGGUCGUCCUCUCUGAGGCCGUUGGAAGAAGCGUUCAAUCGUCUCCUCGUUGCCCAUGAAAAGGAGUAUCGCUUGCUUGGCCUCGACGAUGUCGUCGUCGGUGCCAUCGACUUGGUGUUGCGCAAGCCCUUCGCUCAAUGGCAGCCAUUCGAUGUAUCGGCGGAUGCCCUCCUCUCAACCCUCAAGCCAUGGAAACAAGCGUUUAACCUCGAUAACGCAUCUAGGGAUCCACAGGUCGACGGUGUCGAACGUUCAAUGACGGCAUGGGAGAGUCUGCUAUGGCAGCGGUGGUUGCCAAAAGUUCGAUCUGCCAUUAACAAUGAGUGGGACGUGUGGGAUCCACAACCGGCAGUACAUCUCAUCGAGUCGUGGGACCCGAUUCUACCUCGCUUUAUUUACGACAACGUCCUUGACCAACUCAUUCUCCCGAAAGUGACUAUGGCGGUCGAGGAGUGGACAGGUCGCUCUCUCCGCGAUGGUCGCAACGUAUCGCUCGCCUCAAUUACAUUCCCGUGGCUCCCACUAAUGGGCGAACGGGUGGGAGAUCUACUUGAGAGCGGAAAACGCCGCGUGCGUGCUGUGCUUCGAAGAUGGAAGCCUGAGGACGGCGCCCUUCUUGAGCUGCAGCGCUGGCGUGGCGAUAUCUUUUCCGUGCACGAGUGGGACAAGCUCAUGGGCGACUACGUGCUUGGCAAGCUCGGCGACGUGCUGCGCGACCGCUUUGCUGUCAACCCGCGCAACCAGGACAUGAAGCCACUCAAGGAUAUCCUCCUGCCCUGGCACAGUUUGAUCAGGACGUCCAACUUUGUUCGCCUCUUCGAACUCGAGUUUUUCCCCAAAUGGCUCAACGUCCUUUACACGUGGCUCGCACAUCCUGGUUACAACGCGGACGAAGUUGCGCAGUGGUUUGAGAUGUGGAAAGCCGUCUUCCCUCCGCAAAUUGUGCAGCACCGCGGCAUGGCACACGGCUUCAACACCGGUCUUAAGCUUAUGCGUGAAGCCGUCGAGCUGGGAUCUGCUGCGCCUUUGAAGUUGCAACAGCCGCAAUAUGCGCCAAUUCGCUCCAACACCACACCUAGUAACGGCGGUCCGCAGCUUCCGACACUUGUGCCUAUGCCUGGGGGGAAGCGCAUCCUCGCCCCCGAAGAUCUUACGUUCCGCUCCGUCGUGGAAGAGAUCAUUGCCGAGAACGAUUUGCUCAUGCGUCCCCUGGGUCAGUCGCAUGCAACCACAGGCAAACCACUGUUCCGCAUUGGCAAGACGAUUGAGGGGAAGGGCGGCUUGGUCGUUUACUUCGGUGAGGAUGCUGUAUUCGCCCAGGGCGAGGACGGCACGUUCCGGGCCACGUCAGUAGAGGAAGUUUUGAACAGAGUUCGUUAGAGGCAUCGAUGCACAAUCAUGUUGAUAGG